AAAUGUUUCAGUCAGUACAUGCAACUCCAAGCUCAACCCUUCAGAACCAUCAUGGAUUUCUCUUCUAAUCUCAUUGCAAUUCUUGGGGUUGUAGCUCUACUGCUGCUUCGUAAUCUAUGGAGGGCAAAAAAUAAGAAAAAGAUCAAGGGCAAGUUAGUCCCAGAAGCACCAGGUGGCUUACCGAUCAUCGGCCACCUCCAUCAACUUGGCGGCAAGAAAUCGCUUGCCAGAACCUUGGGAGAGAUGGCUGAUAAAUAUGGUUCCAUCUUCUCCCUGAGGCUUGGAGUGCACCGCUCAGUUAUAAUCACCGAUCACCAGGCGAUGAAGGACUGUUUCACCACCAAUGACAAGCUUUUUGCCUCUCGCCCACAUUCCAGUCAAGCUAUCCAUGUCGGCUACGACUAUGCAUCGUUUGGCUUCGCUCCUUACGGUACCUAUUGGCGCAAUAUGCGUAAAUUGGCUACCAUUGAGCUCCUGUCGAGCCACAGGACUAAGAUAUUGAAUUAUGUUCAGAUAUCGGAGGUGAACUACUUGGUUAAAGACUUGUACUUGCAUUACAAGAACAACGCGAAUGCUAAGAUCAACAUGAGUGAACGUAUCGAGCAUUUGAUCUUGAAUAUGGUUACCAGGAUGGUUGCAGGGAAGAGGUUCUUCGACGGCAAUAAAGAAGCAAGGAGCGAAUCAGGUCGUCCGAUUGGGGAAAUUAUCAGGGAGUUUAUGUUCGUGACAGGAGCUCUUGUUCCUGGAGAUUUAAUUCCAUUCCUGGGAUGGUUGGAUAUUGGAGGAAUUGUUAAAACCAUGAAGCGUGUAACCAAGGAAGUUGAUGUAAUUGUGGAGAGCUGGAUUGAAGAACACAAGAAGAAAACAGAAAACGAAGCCAAAAAGGACUUCAUCGAUGUUAUGCUUUCGGUUGUGGAAGAUGAACCCUCAAUGAAGCUUAAACGUGAAACGAUCAUCAAGGCCACAACAACAGCUAUUAUUCUCGCAGGCUCUGAUACUACAGCAAUCACGACAAUAUGGGCCUUGUCGAGCUUGGUGAACAACAGGCAAGCAUUGGAGCGUGCCCAACAAGAGAUUGACGAGAAAAUUGGCAGGGAUCGCUGCGUACAAGUCUCUGACGUCGACAAAUUGGAGUACUUGUCGGCUAUCAUCAAAGAAACCUUGAGAUUAUAUCCUCCAGGUCCACUAGGAGUUCCACGAGAGGCAGCUGAAGAUUGUUUCAUAUCUGGGUAUUUUAUCCCUAAAGGCACUCGUAUAUUCACACACUUGUGGAAGUUGCAUAGAGAUCCAAAAGUAUGGAAGGAUCCUGAAGCAUUCAUUCCAGAAAGAUUUCUGACAACCAAUGCAAAUUUGGAUGUAACUGGUCAGAAUUUCGAGUAUUUACCAUUUAGUGCAGGAAGAAGAUCUUGUCCAGGGAUGAACUUGGCAAUGCAAGUGCUGCACUUGACUCUUGCGAGGUUGAUUCAGGCAUUUGACUUAAAAACGCCGGCAAAUGAGCCAGUGGACAUGACUGAAGCGCAAGGAAUAGUGAUGCCAAGGCUAACUCCACUUGAAAUUGUUGUCGUCCCACGCCUUGAUCCUGAAUUUUAUGAGCGAGAGUAGAUUGUGGGAAUAUUGGUAUUAGCUAAAUAAAGAGCGAUGUUAGUAAUGAACAAUUAUCUAGUUGUAACUUGUAAUGAUCAUGCAUAGUUUUCACAUAUUUUAAAUAAAAAUCUAUGUUAUGUCCUUGUAAUAAAGUUCAAAUUUGUCCUUUA